CUCUUACAGUAUAUAAGGCGAGAGCUGUGCAUCCAUAAGACACAGUGGUCCAUCGCUUCAGUGCCCAGACUCCACUCGUAGACAACAACGCAGCCGGACCGCGGGACGACCAUGGCGCUGGUGACUGGGAGCUGGGUGCUGGACGGCCUGCUCGUGCUGCUGCCGCUGCUCUACUGGUACACGACGCGCCACUACUCUCUCUGGAGGAAGCUCGGGGUGCCCUACUUGAAGCCGACGCUGGUCGUCGGCAACAUGGGCGGCGUCGUGACGGGCCGCCAGCACAUGGGGGAGCCCAUAUACGAGUGCUACCUGCGGGCAGGGGACGAGCCCUUCAUGGGAAUGUUCGCCUUCGAUCAGCCGCUCCUCAUGGUCAAGGACCCCGAGCUCGUGGGCCGUGUCUUGGCCUCAGAUUUUUCCUCCUUCUACCGGCUGAAUUUUACCAUACCGGAAUCAGAGGAAUCUGUGGGUGGACGGUCAAUCUUCUCCACCAAUGGUCCAAGGUGGAAGAUGUUACGUAAUGUGUUGACGCCAGGUUUCACUUCCGGCAAGAUGAAGCGCAUGUUCCACCUGGUCGAAGAGUGUGGACAGGAAUUGGUUGAGCACCUGACAGCCGCUACGAAAAAAGACAGCAACGUGGAUGUGCAGGACCUGAUGGUGUGCUACUCCAUUGACGUGGUUUGUUCGACGAUUCUGGGUGUGAAGGGCGGCGCCCUGCAGGACCCUGAAGCCCCCAUGCGGCAGAGCAUAAGCAAGAUCUUUCGGGACGACCUCGUGGGCCGUCUGGCCCAGUCUAUGAGCUUGCUGGCGCCCAAGCUGUUCGAGAAACUGAACGUCAACGUCUUCAAUAAGGAACUCGAGGAUUUCCUUUCCAAGACCACUCAAGAGACAAUGGACUACCGCAAGAAAAACGGCGUUGUGCGAGAAGACAGCAUCGACCUGCUGAUGCGCGUCCUUGACGAGUCGAAGCGCAUGGUGGACGAGACUGGUCAGGAAUUCAAAUUCGACCAGAGGGACGUUGUGGCGCAGGUGCUGACCUUCCUGUCGGCCGCCUUCGAGACCUCCGCCUCGACUAUGAUGUUCACACUGUACGAGCUGGCCCUGAACCAGGAACUGCAGCAACGCAUCCGUCAUCAGGUGAAGGAGGUGGCCGCCAAGCAUGGCGGCAUCACGUAUGAAUCGGUCGCGGAGAUGACCGACCUCAUAAACACCAUCAACGAGGCCCUCCGCAUGUACCCCGUGGUCAACUUUCUGGACCGGCGCUCGACGCGUGACUACCAGAUUCCCGGCACGUCCGUGGUGCUACCCAAGGACACUGGGGUGGUGGUCUCGGUGCUGGGCCUGCACUACGACCCCAAGUACUGGCAGCAGCCGUACCGCUUCAUGCCCGACAGGUUCAGCGAGGAGAACUCCAAGGGCCGACCCAACUACACCUACAUGCCCUUUGGCGACGGGCCCAGGCAGUGCAUCGGGAUGAGGGCUGGUCAGAUGCAGGUGCGUCUCGGCCUGGCGCACAUCCUCAGCAACUUCGUCGUCGGCCCCACGGCGUACACGCCAGUCCCGCUGCCUCUGGACCCCAGGAACUUCAUCCGAAGACCAGAAGGGUCGCUGGUGCUCAGCUUCCAACCUCUGGCGGCGCAGUGACACGUCGUGUGUAGCCAGUGUUCCACGUGCAGCACCUGCAAAAAUGGACCGCCACCGUUACAGCUCACACGUCGUGCAUUACUUUUUAUUUUUCAGCUCGCUCUAUGUAUGACUUUUUUAGAGCUGUGUACUGGGAAGAGUUGCAAAGAAGUGCGAAGAACGUCCAGAAAUGCGUCUCACGGGAGCCAGGAACUAAGUUACGUACUGUAAUGCAAGUCACAGGUGCUGCUUCAUUUGCAACUAUAUAAGUUAUUGUCAUGGCAAUGUUUCCAACACAGGAAAUUAUUUGUGCCUGUUAAAUAUAUGGCAUGAAACAGGUAAAUGUCUGU